AUGGUGGAACUUACGGAGGACAAGAAAAGCGAAUUUUUGCUCGCGACUCAUUGUCACGUGUGCGGGAAACCGUUUCAACCGGAGGACAAGCGCGUGCGGGAUCACUGUCACCUAACCGGACAUUACAGAGGUCCGAAAAUCGCGAACGAUUUCGAGGGCGGGGUCGAUCUGCUGCCGCUCACGAAGGAAAGCUACAUAUCUUUCUCGAAGACCGUUAAGAAGACGCAGACAGACAGGAAAUGGGAUCGGUACGUGAAACUUCGAUUCGUGGACUCGUAUAAAUUUUUAGCGGCAAGUAUCGAAACCCUGGCGUCCUAUCUGAACAGGGACAAGCUAAGAAUCACGCGUUCGGAGUACGCGGAUUUGAGCGCGGAGGAUCUCGAUCUGCUUACUCGCAAAGGAGUGUUUCCGUACGAGUACGUCAACGGCGCGGACAAACUGCGGGAUACCGAGCUUCCACCGCGCGAGGCCUUUUACAGCUCCCUGACCGACGAGACCGCGAGCGAGAGCGACUACGAGCACGCGACGAGGGUCUGGCGACGUUUUCGCGUGCGAGAUCUCGGCGAGUACAGCGAUCUGUAUCUCAAGACCGACGUGCUUCUUCUGGCGGAUAUAUUUGAAAAUUUUCGGGACGCGUGUUCGGCGAGUUACGGGCUCGAUCCCGCGCAUUACUACACGUUGCCGGGGUACACGUGGGACGCCAUGCUGAGGUACAUCGGCGUGAGUUUUGAGCUGCUCACCGACAUCGACAUAGUGCUGUUCGUGGAACGCGGAAUACGCGGCGGCCUCAGUCAAUGUUUGCUCAGGUACGCGCGAGCCAACAACAGGCACGUACCGACGCACGACUCGUCCCAGCCCACUACGUAUCUCAUGUAUUACGACGUGAACAAUCUGUACGGCUGGGCUAUGAGCGAAUCGUUGCCUUACGCGAAUUUCCAGUGGCUCGACGAUCCUGAGAAUUUCGACGCGACGACCGUGCCGACGGACAGCGACGUCGGUUACAUUUUGGAGGUAGAUCUUGAGUACCCGCGGGACCUGCACGACGCCCAUGCGGAUCUGUCGUUGUGCCCGACGCGCGACAAACCGCCCGGCAAACGACAGGAGAAACUGCUCGCCACUUUCUACGACAAAUUGCGCUACGUGACGCACUAUCGAAACCUGCAGCAAUGUCUGCGACUAGGUAUGCAUCUGACGCGCGUUCGUCGCGUUCUGCGAUUCGCCCAGUCGCCGUGGCUUCGCGUCUACAUCGAGCUGAACACCGCGCUUAGGACGCGCGCGAGCAACGAGUUCGAACGGAAUUUGUACAAACUGAUGAACAACGCCGUCUUCGGCAAGACUAUGGAGAACGUGCGCGAUCACGUGGACCCAAACUUUCACAGCAGGAGCGUCUUCUCGGAGAAUCUGGUGGCGAUCGAGCUGCGAAGGCUCGAGGUAAAAUUCAACAAGCCGAUCUACGUGGGUAUGUCUAUUCUCGAGAUGUCCAAGACGCGUCUCUACGAGUUUCACUACGACUACAUAGUGCCGCUCUAUCGCGACUGUUGUCGAAUUGCCUACACGGAUACGGACAGUCUGAUAUAUUCGCUGGA